CUGUACUCUCAGUCUCAGUGCAGCGGGAACUACCGCCUUCAAGGGCUAUAUUCAUACAACCACAACAAUUACAAGCAAUGCAGCUCUUUCAGGAGGGGCUCUCUGUAAACCUGUGGUUUUUUUCAUUGCUCAUAUGGACUUCUGCAAGUGCGUUUAACCUGGAUACACAAAACGUCCUCAGGAAGAAUGGUCAUCCGGGCAGCCUCUUUGGAUUCUCUCUGGCCAUGCACCGGCAGCUCCAGCCCACCGAUAAGAGAAUAUUGUUGAUUGGUGCUCCCAAGGCCAGGGCUUUAUCCAAUCAGAGGGCAAACAUCACAGGUGGGCUGUACAGUUGUGACAUCACCACCCAUCCAGAUGACUGUACUCGGGUGGAAUUUGACAAUGAUGUGGACAUUCGUGUGGAGAAUAAAGAGAACCAGUGGAUGGGUGUGACGGUUCAGAGUCAGGGACCUGGAGGCAAGAUUGUGACAUGUGCCCAUCGCUACCAGCGCUUGUUGUUUCCAAACACAGCACAGGAGGCACGUGACAUCACUGGACGCUGUUACAUGCUGAGUCAGGACCUGAGCAUUGACAGCCAAUCAGAUGAGGAUGGGGGCAACUGGAAAUUCUGUGAUGGUCGCACCAGGGGUCAUGAAAGAUUUGGGGCCUGUCAGCAGGGUCUGGCUGCCACUUUCACGAAAGACUACCAUUAUGUCAUCUUUGGAGCACCAGGAGCAUACAACUGGAAAGGUAUAGUGCGUGUGGAGCAGAAGAACAACACUCUGCUGGAAAUGGGCUUGUUUGAUGAUGGUCCUUAUGAGGUCGGGGAUGAAAACCGCCUGGAUCCAAAUCUCGUGCCAGUACUAGCGAACAGUUACUUAGGAUUCUCUCUAGAUUCUGGUCACAGUAUCACAGAAAAGGGGAAGCUCAUCGUAGUGUCAGGAGCACCGAGAGCCAAUCACAGUGGAGCUGUGGUGUUUCUGAGGAAGGAAGGUGAAGUGUCCACCGCGCUCACACCUGAACACAUUCUAGAGGGACCAGGACUUGCAUCCUCAUUUGGAUAUGAUGUCGCUGUGGUGGACCUGAAUGGAGAUGGUUGGCAGGAUGUUGUGGUUGGUGCACCGCAGUUCUUCCAGAGAGAUGAGGAAGUGGGUGGAGCUGUGUAUGUCUAUAUCAAUAAUGCUGGAAGGUGGAAAGACAUCUCACCUACUCGCCUCAAUGGAACUAAAGACUCCAUGUUUGGACUGUCUGUGGAGAACAUUGGAGACAUUAAUCUGGAUUCAUUUGAAGAUUUUGCAGUUGGUGCUCCAUAUGCAGACUCUGGGUUUGGAUGUGUUUACAUCUACCAUGGAUCUGCUGACGGCAUCAGUACUGAACCAGCUCAGGUACUGGAGGGCAAACAGCACAACAUUAAGAUGUUUGGUUAUUCUCUGGCUGGAAAUAUGGAUUUGGAUCAGAACUCGUACCCUGAUCUGGCUGUGGGCUCCCUCUCUGAUACCGUUUUCAUAUACAGAUCAAAACCGGUCAUAAGCAUCAAGAAAGACAUCAAGGUUACACCAAAAGAAAUUGACUUGAUGAAGAAAACGUGUGGCAACAGUAUUUGCUUGACUGUGGAAGCUUGUUUUUCAUACAGAGCAAACCCUCCCACCUACAACCCCAAACUCACUAUUUCCUACACAUUUGAGGCAGAGUGGUACCGCAGGAAGUUGGGUCUCCCGUCAAGAGUUGUGUUUCUGGAGAAGAACAUGAUAGAUCAGGACUUCCAGUCGUCUGGCACUCUGGAGCUACGAGGACAGAACAAGAAUGCCUGUUACAAGACGAAACUCAGACUACAAGAUGGAAUCAGGGAUAAGUUGAGAGCAAUUCCUAUCGAGGUGUCUGUGGCCAUUCAGAGUGCUAAGAGAGGCAAACGGCAGAGUUCAUUGCCACAACUAGUGCCAAUACUGGACUCCACUGUGCCCAUCAAGACCAUCACUGAGGUGAACUUCCUGAAGGAGGGUUGUGGCACUGACAACAUCUGUCAGAGUAACUUACAUCUGCAGUACAGGUUCUGCUACAGAGAGACCAACCAGGACGUGUUCCCUCCUCUUCCUCUGGAGAAUGGAGUUCCAGUGAUUUCUCUGAGUGAUCAGAAAGACAUCGCUCUGGAGGUGACGGUGAGGAACAGGAAUGGAGAUGACGCCCAUGAAGCUAAACUGAUGGGGCAGUUUGAUGAAUCACUGUCAUACUCUGGAUUCAGAUCUCUGAGAACUACUGAUAAGCAUGUGAUCUGUGCAGCCAAUCAGAACGGCUCUCUGGCAGACUGUGAGCUGGGAAACCCAUUUAAACGAGAUUCAGAGGUAACGUUCUAUAUCAUACUGAGCACUGGCAAGAUCUCUCUCGACACCAAAGAUGUAGAGAUCGUCCUUCAGCUGGAAACAACGAGUUCACAGGAGGGCAUGGGCAAAAUAAAGGCCAAAGCCAAGGUGGUGAUUGAACUUCUACUUUCUGUACAAGGGUUGGCCAAGCCCUCUCAGGUCUAUUUUGGAGGUGAAGUCAGAGGAGAGAGUGCCAUGAAGACAGAGGAGGAAGUUGGCAGCUUGAUUGAAUAUGAAUUCAGAGUGAUUAACUUGGGAAAGCCUCUGAAGUCAUUUGGAACUGCUUUUCUGAACAUCCAGUGGCCUAAAGAGAGUGCUGUGGGGAAAUGGCUGCUGUAUCUGAUGAAGAUUAGCACAAAAGAUCUGCAGUUAGUCACCUGUUCACCUGAGAGUGAGAUAAACCCUCUCAGACUGAAUGAGGAGUCGACAGUAACUAGGAGAAAACGAGAGCUGGAGGAGAGAAGUUCGUUUGAAGGGAGUAAAAUAUCUCUCUUCACUGACAAACGCAAACACAAGACUCUGUCGUGCACAGGUGAUGCCAAAUGCGUGGAGAUAAAGUGUCCUCUACAGGGCUUAGACAGCAGUGCAGUCAUCCUUUUGAAGUCUCGGUUGUGGAAUUCAACUUUUCUUGAAGAUUUUGCCUCCUACAAUUACCUUGAUAUAAUGGUGAAAGCCUCCAUAAGUCUGGAUGUUUCUGCUAAGAACAUUGUGCUUAAAAAUCCUGAGACACAGGUGAGACUGACCGUGUUCCCAGAGACGAUAGUGACACAGUUCGGAGGCGUCCCGUGGUGGAUUAUUCUUGUGGCUGUAUUAGCUGGAAUCCUAAUGCUGGCUCUUCUAGUGCUGUUACUGUGGAAGUGCGGUUUCUUCAAGCGAGCUCAGAAGGACGAGUACGAUGCCGCAUUUCACAAAGCUGAGAUACACGCUCAACCCUCAGAUAAAGACAAACUGUCCACUGAGGCCUAGUUCUCUUCACCAGGUGUGGAUUUUUUAAACGUUCCAAAUAUGAUGACAGCAUUCCGAAAUAUCACGCGGUGAGGAUUCGGAAGCAGACGCAUCUCUUAAAAGACGAAAAGGACAUGUUAGAUCCCCUGGAGAAGAAGCAAUGGAUGACCAC